AUGCUAUAUAUGUAACUGAGGGUAUGAAGAAGGGGCGAGCACUACUCUGGGACAUGGUGAAAAUGUUUGGAGAAUUGACUAUGUGACUAAAAUACAGGAAAGAUACUCAAUGUGAGUUCAGACUUAGAGAUACCACAUGGAACAUAUAUGUGGUGUCCAAGAUAUCAUACAAGAGGAUGGAGACUUACAGGCAGAAUGUUCCAAUACACAGGGUUGCACCUGAUCUAUGUGUUUGGAGCUGGAUCUUUUAGUCAAUAAAGCUUUUGUUUCACUCUGGCCGCUGUAAAAAGGUCUUUCCCUUCUCGCACCUCUAAGUGGGUGUGGGGUCAUUAUGAUAGGCUGAUCACUUUAUGCUUGUUGUGGGAAUCAACGUCAUCUUAUAUUUGGAGAAUAUGCCGUGUCUUGGAGGGCCUCUCUCUUGAUUAUGGCUAAUGUCAGCAGUGACUGAGAUUCACUAUGCAUGGUAGAGUAGCUCCAUUCUUCUAAUAGCCAUUUGUACAACUCUUUACUUCAACUGCUCAAGUUCAAUAUUCCCUUGGUAUCCAAGUGGAGUAACCUCCUUAGUUUGACGCGUAACUUCUCAGCGUUGUGCUUAAUGAGCAUUUGAAACUUUGCUCCUUCAUUCCACUUCAAUGGUUAGGUUUUCCUGCUUCUCCACUCCUAUCCAUUACAACAAAUCAAAGAAAAUUGUACAACAUGCUGGUGGAGCAAUGCAUUUCACUCAUCAAAUUCUUUCUCAAGAUCAACCAAUAAAUUUUCCUGCAGGGUCUGCAAGUUCAAAUCCAAAGAUGGAUGACAAUAAUCUUUCAAACAUCAGUGUGGAGCAAGUCGCUAGUCCAUCUUCUCAUGAAGCUUGCUGGAAAUCAGAAGAUUUAAAUGAUUAUUCUUGUCCUGAGGAUGGUAAAGGAAUUCCUCAGAUAGCAUGCCUCAGAAAAAGUCAAUCUCUUGGAAAUGUAUUAGAUAAGAAUAGAGGCUUCCCUUGUGAUGAUCUCACUGAGGAUGAUGAGGUUGAUCAGAGACUUCGCUCCAAUGACAACAAAAUGAAGCAAUUUGGUAGUUCCUCCAAUAAAAUUGGCCAGCGUCAGAAAAAUGGCAUUGCCGAAUCUUUUAAUUCAUUUGCUGACCCGGUGCAUCAUGAAUCCCUCUUCUCUAUUGCAAUUCUGGAACAAUCUGAUGGAGAGCAGCAUGAUGAUGUUGGUGAAUCUGCUGACCAUGUUGACUCUGAACAUUUUGCAUUGGAUAUCCAUCCUGUGCUUGCAAGAUCGCAUUCUGUAACUAAUCUUGGGGUGAAUGAUGCAAAGUCCACUGGUGGUUCUCUGAAUUCUGAAUUGAUGAUGGGACGAUCCAGAUCUUUUGAGAAUUUCUCUUCUGUAAGUGGUAGGAGGGUUGAGAUUUUAGAUGGUGAAGAAGCAAUUCAUUCUGAAGUGGCUUUGCACAGUUGUAAGUCCAUGUCGCGAGCAUCUGAUGUGAGUGGACAGGGUUUGAUUUGCCAUGCAGAUUUAAGGGAAGGGUCUCAUUUCUCUAACACAAGUGGUAAUAAUGAAGUGGAAGAUCUGGAAAGAGAUGGAAUGUAUAUGAGUGAAAAGUCUAAGCAUGGCAAUCAGUCUACUAAUGGAAAAGGUUCACCUCACUAUGUGGAUUCAGUGGAAGAGUGUCUUUGCUCCAACACAAGUGGUGGCUUUGAUGAGGUGGCAGGCCAUGACAGAGAUGAUAAUUAUUGGUCUCAAAAUCUUAAACAUGACAAUCAGUCAGUUGAUGGGGGCGAUUAUCCCAACUACAAUGGUGAGGAAAUUGACAGGAGGGAACCUGAAAUAGCUGGUGCAGAGACUGGGAAAGAACUUCAAAAAGGAUCUAUUCAAAACUGUGUUGAACUGACCUGCAAAGAAUUCAAUAUUAGGCGAAUUGAGGACUGGAUCAGCCAAAUUGAUAUUCAAGCUGAUAAAAUUGUGGAAGAACUUGGAGAAUGUUCAAGUUCUGCUUCUAAGGAAGAUCCCCAAGUGGUAGGUGGUGCUGCUGCUAAAAGGCUUGACGCUAGAAGUAGUCUUGGCAUGGAAGUGGCUUACAAAUACAUCUCAACCUUGAAUGCUGCAUCUUCGUCAGCACAGAUGGCAAAUCUUGGGUUGGUGGCAAUCCCAAUUCUGAGCACAUUUGUUGGUUUAAGGGUGCUUAAUUUGUCAGGCAAUGCUAUAGUGCGGAUAACUGCAGGAGCUCUUCCAAAAGGUCUUCACAUGCUAAAUCUAUCAAAAAACAACAUCUCAACCAUUGAAGGCCUUCGAGAACUGACACGCCUUCGUGUAUUGGACCUGAGCUACAACAAAAUAUGUAGGAUUGGUCAUGGUCUGGCCUCGUGUUCUUCUUUGAAAGAGCUAUACUUGGCUGGUAACAAGAUCAGUGAGGUUGAAGGCCUCCACCGCCUUCUCAAAUUGAAUGUUCUUGACUUGCAUUCCAAUAAAAUCUCUACUUCAAAAGGUCUAGGUCAACUGGCAGCUAAUUAUGGUUCCUUGCAAGCAAUAAAUUUGGAAGGGAAUCCUGCCCAAAAAAAUGUUGGGGAUGAGCAGCUGAAGAAAUAUUUAUUAAGUCUUCUCCCUCAUCUUGUUUUCUACAACAAGCAGACAAUAAAAGCAAGUGGUGCAAAAGAAAUCGCGGAUCGUCCAACUCGAUCUCUUUCCUCUCAUCAGUUUGAUCGCAGCAUGAGAACAGAACAUAAAAGCUCACGAAGGGGAUAUCUUGGUGCAGCCCUUCACAAGUCAUCAACAAGCCAUGGUCGAUCAGGUUACCCUUCAAAGCCAUCCAAGAGCCGGAACGGGCACGUACCACCCUUGGGAUUCAAGCCAACUGAUCAUCUCCCCAUUAUUGAUAGGAAACUGUUAAGCUUGCAACCUAGUAAUCCUAUACGGCGAAUCCAGAGCGAGGGAGCACUCUGAGUUUCUUUUGCCAGUCAUGCAUGGCUUCAGUUUCAGUGGCUGAUGAUCUGUGAGUCUUCUCAUGUGUUGUGUGCUGAGUAAACGGUAGAACAUAAUGUGGUUUGCUAUUAUUUUAUCGAAUAAUGUUCAGGUUAAAACAAUUGUAGCCUGGACCAUUAGCUUGAGUCCAUGCUUGCUUUGUCCUUUUUGAAUGGUCAUUAUUUUAAUAUGGAGAUGGGUUUUUCUUGAUUUUGAAAA